AUGCAAAUAUGUGGGCCAUUCGACCGUUCGUCUCUUCCCCCUCUUCCUGCCAUGGUAUUUCUCCCUAAGCGGACUCUGUCCGCGUUCGUUCUUUUCGGUGUUACGAGCCUUCUGAACUCGAGUCCUGCACUCGCUCAGACCAAUGUCGUAGGCGUGGACGCAUCCCUCGGUGUUGGUGUUGGUGUUGGCGAUGGCGAUGUCGUUAGCAUUGACGUUGACCUUGAGAUCAGCCUCGGGGGAGGACGUGGGGGAUGUAACUUGCGUGGAAAUGCCAAGCCAAAGGAUCCUUACUGGGUCGAAGCUAUCAAACACCGGGGAUCUGCGCCAUACAGUGAUGACCCAGCGGGCUACAAGGUGUACCGCAACGUCAAAGACUAUGGAGCCAAGGGUGAUGGGAAGACAGAUGACACCGAGGCUAUCCAGCGCGCUAUUGCCGAAGGAGGACGCUGUGGUCAAGGGUGCGAGGCUACCACCAGGACUCCAGCAUUGGUUUACUUCCCUUCGGGCAAGUACCUCGUUUCCAAACCGAUAGCAGCGUAUUACUACACGUCUAUCGUUGGAAAUCCCAAGGAUCUCCCUGUGUUGAUCGCGUCAGAUAAUUUCAACAACGGCUCAGAAGGCUCCGUGCUUGAUGCGAACCCAUAUACCCCCGAGGGCAACAACUGGUAUAUCAACCAGAACAACUUUUUCCGCUCGAUUCGCAACUUUGUGAUCGACACUCGCCAAGCUCCUCGUAACACAACCGUUAGAGGUGUUCAUUGGCAGCUUUCGCAGGCAACCGCGUUGACAAAUCUUCGGAUUGAAAUGUCCAAAGAUGCCGAUACUAAGCAACAGGGUGUAUACAUUGAAAACGGAUCUGGAGGAUUCAUGGCCGAUUUGCACCUUAUCGGCGGUCAAUAUGGUUUGGCUGUAGGAAAUCAACAAUUUACUGUCCGCAAUGUUACGAUCGAGGACGCACACACCGCCGUAACGCAAUACUGGAACUGGGCAUGGACAUAUCAAAAUCUCAAGAUCAAAAAUUGUCAAGUGGGCUUCGAAGUUCCAGCCAACGUCGGCUCCGAGAUGAUUCUCGAUACCACCUUUGAAAAUACGCCAAUUGCUAUCAAGGCAGGCGGCGUUACUGGCACUUCGAAUACUACAUUCCUCCUCGACAACGUUGUCUUCAAGAACGUAGGAUCCGGCUUCGUUGACGGAAACGGGACCGUCUUGCUCGCCGGUGGAGACAAGACAGUGCAACAGUGGACCAAAGGAAACUUUUACAAAGGUUCCAACACUGCCUUUGAAUACAGCACGGGAGCUGUGAACGGUGUCCGUAAAUCGCCCAAGCUCUUAGAUUCGUCCGGAAAGAUUUUCUCCAAGAGACGCCCAGAGUAUAGGACUAUUCGGCUGACCCAAUACGGCGCCAAGGGUGAUGGCGUGACCGAUGAUACUCGCAUCAUCCAGGCCGUCAUCAACAAAUUCUCAGGCUGCAAGAUCAUCUACUUUGACGCGGGAGGCGGCAAGAAGUUCGCCGACCAGAACAAUCCCCGAGUGGUCAUUGACGUUGGUAAAGUCGGCGACAAUAAGCCCGUACAGAUUAGCAACAUGGUUCUCUCUGCUCGUUCUGGAAGUGCUGGCGCGAUCGUCAUCAGGUGGAACAUUGGCGAACCGAGCCGUCAGGAAGACAUGUCCGGAAUGUGGGAAGUCCAUAUUCGCCUGGGUGGAUUCACCGGAUCCGGGGUCCAAGUCAGCAACUGCCUUGCGAGCAACGCGCAACAACCCACCGAUGAGUGCACCGUCGCUUUCUUGGCCAUGCACCUCACCGAGAAGGCUGCUCUGUACUACGAAGGAGGCUGGGUCUGGACUGCCGAUCACGAUCUUGACGAUCCUACCCAGCGCCAGAUUGACGUUUAUACCGGUCGUGGUAUCUUGAUCGAAUCAUGUGGACCUGUCUGGUUGACUGGCUCAGGCUCUGAGCACCAUGUCAUUUACCAAUACAACCUCGUUGGCGCUGAGAACGUAUACCUCGGACUUAUUCAGACUGAAACACCCUACUGGCAGCCACAGCCCGCUCCUCCCGCUCCUUUCGCUCUCUCCAAGGCCUACAAGGACCCUGAGCUGACUGCCGGGCCCGCCGCCUGGUCGGUUGUUAUCUCCAAGUCAUCCAAGAUCUACAUCUACGGCGCUGGCUUGUACAAUUUCUUCCAGCACUAUAGCCAGGCCUGUCUCGCCGACUACACUUGCCAGAGUCAGAUCAUCAACGUUGACAAGAGCUCCAAAGAUGUUGCUAUCUUCUCCUUGUCUACGGUUGGUCUUACCAGCAUGCUCAGCGUGGAUUCGAAUCCUAUUAUCAGCCAAAAUGAUAACCGAAACGGAUUCCAAUCCAAUGUUGCUGGUUGGAUCUCGGCAUAA